CCUACCCCUCCCGUGGCCGGCGCUCGGCGCUCCCUCCCGCCCCGCGCUGACACGCGCCGGUGGCGUCACUUCCGGGCGACAGUGGGGCGGCGGCGGCGGCCUGGCGGCGAGCGGCGGCCAGUCUCCAAAAUCCACCAUGGAUUACCUCUCCAAACCUGGGUUGCUUAGUGUCAUUGCUGGAGUCGCCUGUGGAGUGUGCCUGGGAUGGGGCAUCCGUGGGAGAUUCCUGCGGCGGCCCAAAGCCGGAAUGUCUGCGCCCGCAAACGGCCUGGGGAGCGAAGCCAGCGUCAUGGGAGAGUCUGGGGAGUUCAAGAUGGUGCUGAUCGUCCGCAAUGAUCUGAAGAUGGGAAAGGGCAAAGUAGCAGCGCAGUGUUCCCAUGCUGCUGUUUCCGCCUACAAGCAAGUUCAGAGGAGAAAUCCCGAACUCCUGAAGCAGUGGGAGUACUGCGGACAACCUAAAGUCGUCCUCAAAGCUCCUGAUGAAGAGACUCUGAUCCAGCUCCUGGCUGAUGCUAAACACCUUGGACUGACUGUGAGCUUAAUACAAGACGCGGGUCGUACUCAGAUAGCUCCAGGCUCCCAGACGGUCCUUGGUAUUGGACCGGGACCAGCUGAUGUAGUAGAUAAAGUUUCUGGUCACCUAAAACUCUUCUAAACUGGGGACCAACGAAAUGUGAAUGCAUUGGUGUAUAGCAGUACUGAAGGGAUAAAAAUCCAAGUUUGGGGAUUUUUCUGUAUGCUAUAUCUCAGUAUAAAUAAAAUCACUGAGUUUUUUUAAGAGA